ACAAGCCUUCAUCCGAAACGGCAUCCACACGCCCGAAACCCUGCAGCGGAGCCACCGAGAAAAAAAAGGCAACCUGAACAAAACGCAGACUCACCACAUUAUUCGCGAAAGCACACGAAAAUCCCUUCACGUGAUAUCAACCCUCCCCAAACACCACAAUGCCAGAAUCAGACACCGAAGAAACCCUAGACCUGUUCACCGAGCCGUCAGACUACUAUCCCCCGUCCCCGAAACCCACCACGCAAACACACACCUUGCUCUCGGGCCGGGUACUGAAGCUGAGACUCGUGGGCCACAAUCCGUUGUGGGGACACCAUCUGUGGCAAGCGGGCCGGAUCGUGUCUACGUACCUAGAGCGAAAUCCGGGGUUGAUUGAGGGGAAGACGGUGUUGGAACUCGGGGCUGGGGCAGGGUUGCCGAGUCUGGUGUGUGCGGGGUUGGGGGCGAGACGGGUGGUGGUGACUGAUUAUCCGGAUGUGGAGUUGGUGGAGAAUUUGAGGGUUAACGUUGAUGCGUUCUAUGAUGAGGAGGAAGGGAAGAAGAGGAAGAUGGUUGUUGAGGGGUAUUGUUGGGGGAAUGAUACGAGGGAGUUGUUGGCGCAUUUACCGGCUGGGGAAGUGGGAUUUGAGGUUUUGAUCUUGGCGGAUUUGUUGUUUAAUCAUUCGGAGCAUGGGAAGUUGGUUGAUACAGUUAGGCAGACGUUGAGGAAGGAUAAGAAGGCGAAGGCGUUGGUGUUUUUUACGCCGUAUAGGCCGUGGUUGUUUGAGAAGGAUAUGGCGUUCUUUGAGUUGGUGAAGGAGGAGGGGUUCGAGGUUGAGAAGGUGCUGGAGGAGAAGAUGGACAAGGUUAUGUUCGAGGAAGAUAGAGGUGAUGAGGAGUUGAGAAGGACGGUAUUCGGAUAUGUGGUUAGGUGGAAAUUAUAGGAGGAUGAGAAAAUCAUUUCUGAAAGUCGGAGACGCCCUCAAAGGAUAACCAAGUGCGAAAUGACGCUUAAUCCUGAUAUGAGGUUAAAAAAAGGUCGGGAGAUUCUCACACCAGAUGGCCUGAAGCUCUUUGAGGCUCAUCUU